AGUGCCCGUCAACCACUGGUGCUAAGGGGUUGUAGUGCCACACUUGUGUGCUUUUGCAUGCAGUAAUAUUACCUGUUUCCUCUCCAAAGCGCACAUGCAAGUCAGUGUUUACACUACCCAUCAGGGCUGCUUCCUGACGUGUACUUACAGACAGCUAGAGCUUGGGGAUGUAGAAGCUCUACUUAGUAGCCUGCAAACCUGCGCGACAAGCACAAGCUUUCAAAGACCGUGCCUGUGCACUGUGGACAGGCUCUGGUAGGGAAAGCAGGCAUCUCCAUUGUAAAAUCUCCAAGCAGGCAUCUGAUGUCAGCAGCCCUCACUCUAAGGCUCUCUCUAAGGCUCUCAUCGGUCGCGUAAAGAGCAAGGGAACACCCUCUCUUGUUUUAAUUGUUGCCAACCUCUUUCUCUGUCUUGUUCUUGCUCUCUCUCUCUCUGUCAUAAACACUUACAGUUCUCAAUAUUUGGAUUUUAUGCUGCUGGUGACCUACGAAGGCCAUACUUGGGAGCUUUUGUGUUGCAAAGGAUAGCUUAAGGAUCCGGACUGUACUCGGCUGUGAAGGGAGGCUAUUGCUGGAUGCUAGUGCAGAAGGGUUUAUGAAGAUCCGGUGAGCAGUGCUAUCGGUAGGACACGGGAUUUAAGGAAACUGGUCAGCAAUAUAGGUGAAGAGGAUAUUGGUACAUUUCUCCCCAAGGCAAUACCUUGAAUGAAAGGUAGAGCACAGCAUCAUGAACUCAGCAGUACCAUAUCAACAGAACUAUUAUAACCAAAGUGGAAGGUCCAACGUGAUCCGCUGUUACCGGUGUGGGGAUGCUUGCAAAGGGGAAGUAGUCCGUGUCCAAAGUAACCAUUUCCACAUCAAGUGCUUCACUUGCCAAGUAUGUGGUUGCAACCUUGCCCAGUCGGGUUUCUUCUUCAAAAAUGGGGAAUAUAUCUGUACCUUGGAUUACCAGAAGUUGUAUGGCACCAGAUGUGACAGCUGUGGGGAUUUUGUUAGCGGUGAAGUUAUCUCAGCAUUAGGACGGACUUAUCACCCUAAAUGUUUUGUUUGCACAGUAUGCAGGAAGCCAUUUCCAAUUGGAGAUCGGGUAACAUUCAGUGGAAAAGAAUGCGUAUGCCAACAGUGUUCUCAUACUCUUCUAAGCAGCGGCAAGCCAGUAAAGAUACAUGGACCCAGCAGUUGUGCUGGCUGUAAAGAGGAAAUAAAGCAUGGACAGUCACUCCUAGCCUUGGAAAAGCAAUGGCAUGUCAGCUGUUUCAAAUGCCAAACAUGUGGAGUCAUCCUGACUGGAGAGUAUAUUAGCAAAGAUGGUGUUCCCUAUUGUGAAGCAGAUUAUCAUAAACAGUUUGGGAUUAAGUGUGAAACAUGUGACAGAUACAUCAGUGGCAGGGUCUUAGAGGCUGGAGGGAAGCAUUACCACCCAACAUGUGCCCGUUGUGUCCGCUGUCAGCAGAUGUUCACAGAAGGUGAAGAAAUGUACCUCACAGGUUCAGAAGUGUGGCAUCCUAUGUGUAAACAGGCUGCUCGUGCAGAGAAGAAGUUAAAGCACAGAAGAACUUCUGAGACAUCUAUCUCUCCUCCAGGAUCAAGCAUUGGCUCUCCGAACAGAGUCAUCUGUGCAAAAGUUCAAAAUGAGAUCCUCAAUUAUAAAGACUUGGCUGCUCUUCCUAAAGUUAAGACCAUCUAUGACAUUCAACGCCCAGACCUCAUUUCCUAUGAGCCUUAUCACCGAUAUACAUCAGAUGACAGGCUGGAGAGAUACAGCUAUGGGGAGCCUAUGGGAACACUAUCUCCAUAUUCACAGGAUAUUUAUGAUGGAUUUGACCUGAGACAGAGAAGGGCAUCCAGUCCUGGAUACAUUGAUUCUCCUAGCUACAGCCGACAGAGCAUGUCACCUACAAUGCCACGGUCACCACAACAUUACUACAGAUCAGGCACUGAAAGUGGGCGGAGUUCUCCAUAUUAUAGCCAUGUGGAUAUGCGGUCUACAACUCCAACUGUUUACCAAGCUCCUAGGCAUUUUCAUGUUCCAGCAGUUGGUGAGACCAAUAUCUACAGGAGAGCUCCUAUCUAUAAACGUCAUGCUACAAAAAGUAAGACCAGUGAAGACAUUGCACAGUCAUCCAAAUAUCCAAUGGCUUAUUCACCCGAUAGUUGGUCAUAUCAAGGGUCACCGAAAGCUCCCAGAGCUCGGAGAUUCUCUUCAGGAGGAGAAGAGGAUGGAUGGGACCAUAACAUUCAGAGGCUCCAGAGCGGAAUUGGAAGGAUGAUACUGAAAGAGGAGAUGAAAGCACGAUCUGGAUCCUAUGACAAUGAUCCCUGGGCCAUUUCCCGUAGCACUGGAGGAAGCAGAGAAACACUCCACACGCCUGGCUAUGAGUCUUCAUUGAAUGGAUCUUCCCGUAUGCACUACAUGGCUGACAGUGAUCCAUUAAUAUCCAAGUCAGCAUCACUUCCUGCAUAUGGGAGAAAUGGACUUCACCGACCGCAGAGUGCCGAGUUGUUCCACUAUGACAGUAGCAAUGCUGUAAACUGGGGAAUGAGAGAGUACAAGAUUUAUCCAUAUGAACUACUGGUAGUGACCACAAGAGGGCGGAAUAGGCUACCUAAGGAUGUGGACAGAACAAGACUGGAACGUCACUUAUCAGCGGAGGAGUUUUACCAGGUGUUCGGAAUGACGAUAGGGGAAUUUGAUCGCUUAGCACUAUGGAAAAGAAAUGAACUCAAGAAGCAAUCACGAUUGUUUUAAAAUGUUAUACAUAUGCACAUUCAUAAAUAUAUAAAUAAAUAUACAUAUUAUAUAUAGUGUACAAUACACUAGGAAACCUUAAUGAUGGCAUUAAGGAUUGAUCCUUUCAGCAGUAUGCAUAUAUGUAUAGUAUUUAAAGGUCUUGCAGGUUGAUUCUACAGUGAUGUGGUUUUGUGGUAGAGAGAUACGGGAUCGUCUGAGUAAUCUACUGUUUGCUGCUUACUGCCUUGUGCACAAGGACAAUUAUGGAGAAUUUGUUGGGUGGCACAGGAUUUUAUUUACUUUUUAUAUUCUAUCUGCCACUAGCCACUUUGACAAAUUCUUAAAACGUUGCCAAUUUGCAGUACAUUAUAGAAAUCUUGGGUACAAAUACAGUAAUUACAAACUGACUACCAAGACGUGAAAAAAAUCUUUUCAUAUAUGUUAGAAUAAAAGUAUUAUUUGGAAGAAAAACCUGUGUGAAACUGUGCAUUUAAAG